AAAGAGUGUUUUUAAAUUUAUUAAUAGUUAAAGAAUGAAACUAAUAUUUCAUUCAAUAUUUUAAGAGUGUUUUUGAUAAUUUUUUUCAAAUAAUUCACAAAAUUCUGCUUGUUCUGUGCAGUUGUCCAAAACGUAUCUAGAUACCAUUGUUAUAUUUUGUCAGCUUACCAACUUUUUUUCACUUAUAGACAAUUACUCACUAUUUUUUAUGAAGGAAACAAAAUCUGAACACCAUAAAUUAUUUAGUCACAAUUUUAAUGCUUUCAUGUAUAUAUAAAGGGGAGCUUCACCGAAUUAUACAUUUUUCUCCUUGAAUCGUCUCUACUUGUAUUCAGAGCUAUGUGACAUGAAAGAUGGGGUGAAACAACAGCUCUUGGCUCUAAAAAGCCUCUAAGUUCUCGUGCCAGAUGCACAAUGAAAUAACAGUUAUUAAGAAUGUUGCUCUACUGAAGCACGCCCUUGUUGCAGAUGGUUGAACGCUGAAACAAGGUUUCGUGUGCCUGUAAAUAGAGAAUUAUCGUAUCAGCAGGAGUGUUAUCUAUAGUAUAAAUUAGUAGGAUUGUUUGUUGAAAAUGGUGAAAAAUGGAAAUGUAGUGAUGCAAAAAUAUGAAUUGGGGAGAUUAUUAGGUCAAGGCAACUUUGGUAAGGUUUAUUAUGGAAGAGAUCUUGAAAGCGGACACAAUGUAGCCAUUAAAGUAAUUGAUAAAGAGAAGGUUCAGAAAGCUGAAUUGACUGAACAGACGAAACGAGAGAUAUCAGUUAUGGCAAUGGUCAAACAUCCACAUGUUGUGCAGCUAUACGAGGUCAUGGCAACUAAGAGUAAGAUUUACUUUGUGAUCGAACAGGCCAAAGGUGGCGAGCUUUUCAACAAACUGACAAAGGGCAGACUCAAGGAAGACGCUGCUAGAAAGUUGUUUCAGCAACUGAUCAAUGCAGUUGAAUUUUGCCACAGCCGAGGUGUUUAUCACCGUGAUCUCAAACCAGAAAAUCUCCUACUGGAUGAGAAUGGAAACCUAAAGGUCUCAGACUUUGGUUUGAGUGCAUUAGCUGAGUCUAAGCGACAAGACGGGUUACUUUACACAACCUGUGGUACACCAGCAUAUGUUGCUCCUGAGGUGAUCGGUAGAAAAGGAUAUGAGGGUGCCAAAGCUGACAUCUGGUCUUGUGGAGUGAUUUUAUUUGUCUUGUUGGCUGGUUAUCUUCCAUUCUAUGACUCAAAUCUUAUUUAUCUGUAUAGGAAGAUAUGCAAGGCGGAGUACAAAUGUCCUAAUUGGUUCCCUCUAGAAGUGCGUAAACUUCUCUCUAGGAUCUUCGACCCAAACCCUCAUAAAAGGAUUUCAAUAGCCGAAAUAAAGGCAAGCUCCUGGUUUAAGAAAGGACUGGGAUCUAAACAAGUAGUGAACCAAAAUGUUAUUGCAGAUGGUGAUGCUGUUUCCAGUUUGGAUAAUACCAAGUUAGAGUUGAUAAAACCUGCAAGCGUUAGUGCAUUUGAUAUCAUCUGCUGGUUUAAUUUGUCUGGUUUAUUCAUAGACGAUGAUCAAAAGGAGGAGCUGCGAUUCACAUCAGUGAAACCUGUCCCAGUCAUCAUAUCUAAGCUUGUGGAAGUUGGCAAGAGUCUGAACCUUGAAGUAAAGAAGAAAGAAGUUGGAUUUCUUAUGUUGGAGGGAUUAAAUGAGAGCAGAUAUGAAACCGUGUGCAUUGGCGUGCAAAUCUUUGAAAUUUCUGUAUCCCGUUACUUCAUUGAGCUGAGUAGGUCAAGUGGUGAUGCGAUUGAUUACCAAAACAUGUUGACGCAAACUAUCAGACCAGCUCUUGAUGAAAUUGUUCAGGCUUGGCAAGGUGUGCAAUCUCAUCAACAAUCACUAAAAUGAAGCUUCUGAUUUCUAGAUGCUGAUCAUACUUUGUAUUAUUAGUAUUUAAACAAAUGCUGUUUGUUUGGUGGGCUAGCUACUUCUAUUUACUGCACCUGUUUGUGAAAGCAUGUUAUUACAAACUUAAUUGGAUUAUUUUCCCUGAGUUGUCUUAUUUUAUUGGUUCAAUAGUACCAGCUAGUUUUUAUGCUUGCACGGCUUGAAGUUGUCUUGUAUUUCUAUGAUUUAGUGGUGGUUCUCAUAUGAUAGAAUUGACCUCGACUUGUUGUUUGAGGAAAAGAGAGAAAACCUAAAUAAUUUGCUUAUCUCUCUUGAAGUUGUCACUAUUUCUUCAAUCAAAUAAAGAAAGAAUUCAAAUG